AUGGAGGCCAAGCUGCUGCUCCUCUCCUUCCCCUCCCCGCCGGCCGCCCCCCACCACCCGCCGCCCCCCAAAUCCCUAUUCCUCGGCGCCUCCCUCCCGCUCCACCCGCUGGCCGCCGCGCCGCCGCCGCCGCCGCUGCGCAUCCGCCCCCGUCUGGCCGUCCUGGCGCAGGCGGCCGCCGUGAAGCGCCGCAAGGAGGUGCCUUUCGACAACGUGAUCCAGCGGGACAAGAAGCUGAAGCUGGUCCUCAAGCUGCGCAACAUCCUCGUGUCCCACCCGGACCGGGUCAUGAGCCUGCGCGACCUCGGCCGCUUCCGCCGCGACCUGGGGCUCACCCGCAAGCGCCGCCUCAUCGCGCUCCUCAAGCGCUUCCCGGGCGUCUUCGAGAUCGUGGAGGAGGGCGUCUACUCGCUGCGGUUCCGCCUCACCCCCGCCGCCGAGCGCCUCUACCUCGACGAGCUCUACCUCCGCAACGAGUCCGAGGGCCUCGCCGUCGCCAAGCUCCGCAAGCUGCUCAUGAUGUCGCUCGACCGCCGCAUCCUCAUCGAGCGGAUCGCGCACCUCAAGAACGACCUCGGCCUGCCCUCCAACUUCCACGACACCAUCUGCCUCAGGUACCCGCAGUACUUCCGCGUCGUCAGGAUGGACAGAGGGCCCGCGCUGGAGCUCACGGAAUGGGACCCCGAGCUGGCCGUGUCCGCCGCCGAGAUGGCAGAGGAGGAGAAUCGGGCCAGGGAGGCCGAGGAGAGGAAUUUGAUAAUUGACCGGCCGCUCAGGUUCAACCGUGUGAAGCUGCCCAAGGGGCUGAAGGUGUCGCGGGGAGAGGCGCGGAGGAUCGAGAAAUUCAGAGAAAUGCCGUACAUUUCGCCUUACGCCGACUUCUCGCACCUGCCGUCGGGGUCCCCUGAGAAGGAGAAGCAUGCCUGUGGGGUGGUUCAUGAGAUUCUAAGCCUGACACUUGAGAAGCGCACGCUGGUUGACCAUCUGACUCAUUUCCGGGAGGAGUUCCGGUUCUCGCAGUCUCUGCGGGGAAUGCUCAUUCGCCACCCUGACAUGUUCUAUGUGUCACUCAAGGGAGAUAGGGACUCCGUGUUCCUCCGUGAGGCAUACAAGAACUCGCAGCUGAUCGAGAAGAGCCAUCUGGUGUUGCUUAAGGAGAAGAUGAGGGCUCUUGUUGCGGUUCCACGCUUCCCUCGGCGUGGUGGGCCUAGGACUGGUGAGGAGACAGAGGGACCCAAUGGUGCUGCGCAAGGGUAUAAUGAAGGAAGCGACAUGGAAGAUGUCGAAGACGAUGAUUUUUCAGACAUGGAAGAUUUGAUUGGGGAACUUGGUGGCAAAUCUGACAACAGCGGCUACCGCUGGGGUGAUGGCUGGGUUGGCGAGAGUGAUGGCUCGCCACCGGACUUUGGAGAUGGUGAUGACUCAAGUCCACAAGAAGUCGAGGCACCAAAAGCAAAGAGUAAUGCAGCCAAUGAUGCCAACGACGACUCGUCUGUUCCUGUAUUUCCUGACGGCAGACAACGGGAACGGUGGUAA